CCGUGAGGUUGUCUGUCUCCUUCUCUCUCAACCAUUUCCUCCCUUCUCUUAGGACCCCUCUCUCUACACAUCUCUUAUCAGUCACGUUAUCACUGCCUUGCUCAGCAGCCUUCCUUUGGGAGGUGCUGGAAAAGCCAGCAAAGGGACUUUACCAGGAGGAUAAUGACCAAAAGUCCAGCUCACAUUUUACAUUUCACACUGAACUGAUUCAUUUUUCUUCAAAAACAAAUAGAGUGGAGUACAUCUACUUCAGCUCAGGGUGCCCCCUUUUGCUGUUUUGGUGAUAGAAGAUGGGGAGGCAUCGGUUGUUACCACUAUGUGCCCUCCUGGGCGUCCUGUUCGCAGGACUCCUCCCUAAUCUUGAUGCUCAGGAAGUCAUUGCAGUCGGCAAACGAGACGUCAUUUUCCUAGUCGACAGCACAAUGGGUUCACAGGCUGUCAACUCUGCACGUGAAUUCAUCAGAACGUUUGUCAAAAUGAUGCCAAUUGGUCCAGACGAAGUUCAAGUGGGUAUGGCCAUGUUCAGAGAGAGUGUCUUGCAACCUAUGGUUGAUCUCAACUCCCACGGAUCCAGGGACGAAUUAGAAGCUUCUGUGGACGUUAUCAGACCAAGACCAGGACAGAAAAUUAACACUGGAGCAGCCUUGGACUUUGUCCGGACGAAUAUGCUGCGACCUGAGAAGGGCAGUCGUAUUGAACAGGGGGUACCCCAGCUUUUACUGUUGGUGUCCAGCAAAAAGUCCAGUGACAGUGUGGAAGAACCUGCUAAGGCCCUGCAACGAAUGGGGGUAUUGACGCUAGCUGUAGGCUCCAAGGCUGCAGAUGAGCAGGAGCUGAAACAGAUUGCCUUUACCGACAGUGUCGUGUUCAUGCUGAGGGACUUCCGUUUACUGACCCGUAAUCCUGUGACAAUUAUUGAAAAACUCUCAACUCUAGCUGGGGUGGUGGUGACCGAACAACCCACCGAGCCAGUGGUGGAGAUAACCACAGUGCAGACUCAAAAAGUGGUCAGAGACAUUGUCUUUCUUGUGGAUGGUUCAAACUAUGUUGGCAGCACUAACUUUCCCUACGUGAGAGACUUCAUUAUCAACGUGAUCAACCAGCUGGAAGUGCGACCUGACAGGGUUCGGAUUGGUCUCCUGCAGUUUGCUGAACGUCCAAAAAUUGAAUUUCAUCUGAACACCUACAGCAGCAGACAAGAUGUUGUAAAUAAAAUCUCUCAGCUCAGGCUGUCUGGAGGCUCAGUUUUGAAUACAGGAGCUGCCCUGAAUUAUGCCCUUAACAACAUGUUCCAGACAACAACUGGGUCACGCCGGAGGCAAGGAGUCCAGCAAGUGUUGGUUCUGAUCACAGGUGGUCCCGCCCAGGAUGAGGUUAAAAGUGUAGCCGAUAAAGUGGCUGUGGGUGGUAUUUUGACCUUCACAGUCAGUUCUGGGCAAGCAGAUGAUGAACUACUAAAAACAGUCGCCUUUGUUGAAGAUUUGGCUUACCAUGAAACAAGGUUCUCUAAUUUACCAGCAGUGGCUGAACAAAUAAUGCCAAGCUUGAUAACAGUGGUUGGUGAUACAGAUGUGAUAGUAAUAGAAGAAAAUGUUGUUGCUGGAGCUGAAAGGGAUGUUGCCUUCCUCAUUGAUGGCACAGAAAAUGUUCGAGCAGAUUUUGCCUACAUCCGGGAUUUUAUCAUUAAAGUAAUUGAACCGCUUGACAUUGGGAUUGACAGGGUACGAAUUUCAGUGGUUCAACACAGCGAGAGGCCAACACCAAGUUUCUACCUUAACACUUACCAAACCAAAGAUGAGGUGAUAAGAGCAGUCAACUCAAUGACGCCGGCUGGUGGACGUAGUCUAAACACAGGAGCUGCUUUAAGAUUCAUGAAGGACACCAUCUUGUCUGAAAGGCAUGGUAGCCGGGCUGCGCAAAAUGUCCCUCAGUUUCUGAUCUAUUUGGGUGGAAGCAGGUCCAGGGAUAAUGUGAAGGAACCUGCUGUUGCACUGAAGACAGAGGGUAUUGUACCGUUUGGUGUUGGUGUCAAGGAUGCAGACCCAAAGCAGAUUGAAGCCAUUUCACACAACCCUUCCUUUGCCUUCAAUGUGAAGGAAUUCAGUGAGCUUAGCACCAUACCACAAAAGCUCAACACCUAUGUGAGCCUACCAGGGGAUGAGCUGACCAUAGUGCUACAGCAAGCUGAGUCACAGGGACCCCGGAAGGAUGUUGUUUUCCUUGUUGAUGGAUCUGAUGGUGUUGGACGGGAAUUUCCUAUCAUCCAGGAGUUUAUUCGCAGGGUCGUGGAGAGUCUCAACGUGGGCGAGAACAAGAUCCGGGUUGGCGUGGUCCAGUAUGGUGACUCUGCUCAGGCUGACAUGUUUCUGAACUCACAUACAACCAAAGAAGGUGUUUUGAAUGCCGUCAAAGUAAUGAGGCAACGAGGAGGAAGACAACGUAACCUGGGUCAGGCUUUGCAGUUUGUCAGUCAGAACGUUUUGACAACAGAACGUGGUAGCAGGAAGCAAGAUGGUGUUCCACAGUUUGUAAUUGUCGUCUCCAGUGGGUCUUCAACAGAUGACAUCAGUCGUGCAGCCACUUCCCUCAAACAAUCUAGAGUUCUUCCCUUCAGCAUUGGGACCAGAGAUGUUAACCCUACAGAGCUCCAGAUGGUGUCAUAUGUGCCUAACUUUGCCUUCACUGUAGAUGAUCUCCCUGGCCUGUACACAGUCCAACAAAACUUAAUCAACACUCUCACUGAGUUGUCAGAUGAUGACAUCACCAGGAUGAGUCCAGUAUUCCCAACCCCUGAUGUCACACCAGUCUCCAGAGAAGGAGAAAAGAGGGAUGUCGUAUUUCUAAUUGAUGGCACGACAGCGGUGCGUAGUGAGUUCCCUUCUAUCCGUGAUAUGAUAAGAAGAGUUGUGGAGAAACUGGAUGUGGGAAUGGAUAAGGUCCGGGUUUCAGUGGUACAAUACAGUGAUGAACCAAAGUUAGAAUUUCUUCUGAAUGAAUUCUCCACCAAAGAAGAAGUACGCCAGGCUGUGGGGAGACUUCGAAGCAAAGGAGGAAACCGUCUCAACACAGGUCGUGCUCUUGAGUGGGUCUCCAGAAACAUCUACCAGAGGUCAAUGGGUAGCCGUAUUGAGGAUGGUGUUCCUCAGUUCCUCAUUCUAGUAACAGGUGGCAAGUCUACCGAUGAUGUAUCCACUGCAGCUGACCAACUUAAGAGAAAUCGAGUUGCACCUCUUGCCAUUGGUUCAAGGAAUGCAGACCCUGAUGAACUGAGACAGAUUUCCCUCAAGCCUGAACUUGUAUAUACAGUUGACAGUUUCCAGCAGCUGCCAAGAGUGGAGUCACAGCUCACUGAUUCAGUCAAAACAAUAUCCACCGCUGAUAUCAUUGGUAGUUAUGAUCCUCCCACAGUUGACUUAGACAACCUAAAUCUUGGGAGAAAAGACAUUAUCUUCCUUAUUGAUGGCUCAGACAAUACAGGUUCUGCUGGCAUAGCUCAUAUCCGCGACUUCAUCCUCAACAUAGUCCAACAACUUGAUGUGCAGCCUGAUCAAGUGCGUGUGGCUAUUGUCCAGUAUGCAGACAAAGUUAAAACAGAGUUCUCAUUGAACCGCCACAAUAACAAGCCAGAUGUUAUCUCUGCAAUCAGAAGACUUCGUCAGAUUGGUGGCCGGUCAUCAGAUCUAGCUGAUGCCAUUGAGUAUAUUAUAAGGAAUGAGUUAAAACCCUCUGCCGGAGCUCGUAUAGCUGAGGCCUCCCAGCAUCUUGUGGUCCUCACAGGUGGACGUUCCCGGCAAGAUGUUUCUCUCUAUGGACCUCUGCUUAAGGGCGCCAGAGUCAACUGCAUUGGAGUUGGAGCUGGCGGUGCUGACACAAGGCAGUUAACCCAAAUUGCCACCACCUCAGAUGAUGUCCUUCAGGUUCCUACAUUCCCUGGCCUGCCAGCAAUCCGGGAAAGAUUUAUUUCCAGGUUGAGUGGGACAAUGACUGAGGAAACACCCACAGAAUAUGAGGAGCCUACAGCAGGCCUGCCUCCACCCAAAAAAGCGGAUAUAGUGUUUUUGGUGGAUGGCUCCAUAAACUUCCGCAGGGAAGAAUUCAAUGAAGUGAUGUCGUUUAUCAUCAACCUAAUUGACCUGUUCUUCACCGAGAGAGACAACCUGCGGAUAGGCUUGGCACAUUAUGCUACAGAUGUAACUGAUGUCUUCUACCUCAACACAUACAAGAGUCAACAAGACAUUGUAAGCGCCAUCGGUCGUGCAGAGUAUAAAGGUGGACAAAAUGCCAACACUGGUGCAGCCAUUCGCCACAUUCAAGAUGUUCACUUUACAAAAGAAAAAGGCAGUAGGAUGGAUGAGGGCACUCCUCAGAUCCUAAUGGUUAUCACUGGAGGGCGCUCAGCUGAUGACAGCAAAACAGCAGCCCUUGGUCUGAAGAAAAAAGGUGUGAGAAUCUUCGCUGUAGGAGUGGGUGACACUGCGAAUGAGUUAGAAGAACUAGCAAGUGAGUCCACCACUGUGGCUCGAGCAAGGGACAUUCAGCAACUUUCAGAGCUCAAUGAGCAAAUCCUGGAGACUUUAGAUGAUGAAGUGAAGGGGAAGCUGUGUGUUGGUGUGGAUGAAACUCCUAAAACCUGCAACAUAGAGGUGUUGGUGGGCUUUGAUGUUUCUGCCCAGAACAUCUUCAGUGCUCAGACCAACCUCCAGAGCAAGAUGGGUGCCAUUCUGCAGAGAAUUUCCAAAAUGGCAGCUGUUAGUUGCUCCUCUGGGCAGCUUCCCUCUGUACAAGUGGGAAUGCUAGCUAUGGACUCCGCUUCUGAGCCUGUCCAGCUGGACUUCACAGACAAUGCUGAUGAACUGUUUGAGGCCUUCAGAGCUCUGCGGAGUCGUGGCCCCUUUGUCCUCAAUGGCAAGACCAUCUCAGCUUACACCAAUAGGUUCAAAACCAGACAGGACAAUAUUGUUAAGGUUGUCAUUCAUCUGACUGAUGGUGUUGACGCUCCAUAUGCUGAAAUGAAAAGGCGAGUUGAGGAGCUUCGGCUGUCAGGAGUAAACAGUUUCAUCCUGGUUGGGCUGGAGCGGGUGCCCAAAUUUGAGGAGGGUUUGUUGCUGGAAUUUGGUCGGGGCUUCAGGUACACCAGACCCUUACGAGUCAAUAUCAUGGACUUGGACUACGAGCUAAUGGAAGAACUGGACAAUAUUGCAGAGAGGGAGUGCUGUGCUGUGCCAUGCAAAUGUACCGGCACCAGAGGAGACCGAGGAGCAGUUGGACGUUCAGGGUCUAAGGGUAGUCCAGGAUCACCAGGAAGCCAAGGACAUCCUGGAGAUGAGGGUGGACCUGGAGAGAGAGGUCCUCCUGGUGUGAAUGGAACUCAGGGUUUCCAGGGAUGUCCUGGACAGAGAGGUGUCAAGGGUUCUCGUGGGUACUCAGGAGAAAAGGGUGAAUCUGGAGAAAUUGGGCUUGAUGGGAUCAAUGGAGAAGAGGGCAAAACUGGAGUGGCUGGACCCUCAGGAGACAGAGGAAAUCCUGGCAGAAGAGGUCCCAAAGGUACCAAAGGACAAGCAGGAGACAGAGGAGAACUGGGAAUCAGAGGAGACCCUGGUACAAGUGGACAAGAUAACAACCGCGCAGGACCUAAAGGAGACCCUGGUGAUGCUGGACCAGCGGGGGGGCCUGGUGUGGAUGGAAAGAAGGGAAGCCCUGGUGAACUCGGAAGAAGGGGAGCUGAUGGCAGAAGAGGCCCGCCAGGACAGGCUGGAAAUUCUGGAAGUGCAGGAGCUAAUGGUGUCCAGGGAGAGCCUGGAGUUGGAGGAUCUAGAGGUCCACCUGGACCGAUUGGUGUACCAGGACCAGGAGGAGAAGAUGGGAACCCUGGACCCAGAGGUCCCGGAGGUAGCCCAGGUCCUGCUGGAGAAAAAGGUAGAAGAGGAGCUCUUGGUCGCAAGGGAGAGCCAGGGGAGCCAGGACCUAAGGGUGUUAUUGGACCUCUCGGUCCCCGUGGAGAGCCUGGUGAAGAUGGUAAAGAUGGGUUUGGCAUCCCAGGGCCUCCAGGAAGAAAGGGUGAUGAGGGCUUCCCAGGAUUCCCAGGACCAAAGGGAGCAGCUGGAGACCCUGGAACAAAGGGUGGACCUGGACACAGAGGAAAUCGUGGACAGAGGGGUGUCUCUGGCAAUAUUGGUACACCCGGACAGAAGGGAGAGGUUGGAUAUCCUGGGCCAUAUGGCCUGAAAGGACGGAGAGGACCAGGUGUCGUGCAAUGUGACCUGGUCAAGAAAAUCAGGGAAAACUGUCCUUGUUGUUAUGGUCAGCAGGAAUGCCCGCUCUACCCCACUGAGCUUGCCUUUGCCCUUGAUGCCUCCAGCUCCACUGACCGCACAGUAUUCAACAACAUGCGUAACACAGCCCUGCGCCUAGUCAGAGACAUCACUAUCUCUGAGAGUAACUGUCCAAGAGGAGCCCGUGUUGCUGUAACCCUCUACAACAGUGAAGUGACCACUGUCGUCCGGUUUGCUGAUGCAAUGAAGAAGCGUGCCCUGGUGCAGCAAAUUGAGGGACUACAGAACCUGCAGACCAAUAAGAAGCGUAACCUGGAGACGGCCAUGAACUUUGUGGCCCAGAACACCUUCAAAAGAGUGCGCAGUGGUUUCCUCAUGAGGAAGGUGGCCAUCUUCUUUGUUGGUGGGGCAGUGGGUCAGACACAAGCACUUACUAAUGCAGCUCUUCGCCUCCAUGAUGCUGGAAUUGCCACUCUGUUCUUGUUCAGCAGUGAAGACAGAGAAUUCAGCAGAGCACUGCAGUUCAACAACACAGCCCUGGCCCAAGUAAUAGUCCUUCCCAGACCUGGAACUGCACAGUAUAAUUCAGUCAUCCAAAAGGUUAUGAACUGCCAUGUCUGCCUAGACAUCUGCUCUCCGGCCCAAAUGUGUGACUAUGUGCCCCCAUCGGCCAGCCGAGAUAGGAGGUCUUUCACCACUGACGUUGACAUUGACAUGGCUUUCGUCAUGGACAGCUCCGAGUCCACCUAUCCAACAAUCUUUACAGACAUUAAACACUACAUAGCGUACAUAGUGGAGCACCUACACGUGUCUUCAAAUCCCACAUCAUCUGUUCACCACGCUAGAGUAUCUGUGAUCCAGCAAGCACCUUACGAGUUCCACCACAACAAAACUGGCUCUCCCAUCCAUGUAGAUAUUGGUUUGACCGAGCACAACUCAGCUCAGGAUAUUGUCAAAUUUCUGCUGGAGAAGACACCGCAGUUAGAGGGUGGCCUGGCACUGGCAAACGCUAUCGAAAUGACAGUGGAACAGGUGUUUGAGAAGGCGCCUCUCCAACGUGAAAGGAAAGUACUGAUGCUCUUUGUGACAGGAAGUGUGGAAGACGAAGAAGAGCGGCUGGUGCGUAUUGCCACUGAGGUCAAGUGCAGAGGCUACUUCCUGGUCAUCCUGGGUGUGGGGGAGAAGUUGAGUGCUAGAGAUGCUCGUGUCUUGUCACGCAUGGCCAGUGAGCCCUCGGAUGUCUUCUUCAAGCGGCUGGACAGCACCUCAUACUUUUACGACAAACCUUUCCUGAACUUCGCCCAACUGCUGCCAAAGUACAUCAGCAUUGAAAAUGCUUUCUACAUGUCCCCUGAAGUCUCCAAAAACUGCAAGUGGUUCCAGAGUGAUCAGCCACUAAAAAACCCCUUCACAUCAUCACACCAACAGCAGAAACAUCAGAAACAACAUGAAAAUCACCAAGCAGUUCAUCAAAUAAAGCACAAAGAUGCAGAUGAGCUGCACGUCUCCAAUGUCACCUCCAGCAGCUUGAAAUUGCGCUGGACCAGCCCAGACCCCAAGCUCUUUGUUUACUUUGAGGUAGUGGUGACACGGUUGCACGACCAUACCCUGGUGCUGAAGACCAAUGUGUCAGGCGCAGAGCUUUCCUUGGACAACUUAGAGAGUGCUCAAACAUAUCAUGCUGUGGUCACUGCUUACACUGCAGAGGGUCAAAUUGUCUCCACCCGCAAAGGCAUCAUCACUACCAAAGCAGCAGAGCCUAAGCCAGUGCAUAAGCCAGCCAGACAAGGCACCGGUAAUGUAAAUACCACACCACUGGACAAACCAGAAACUGUUAAUGAAUUUGCAGACCCAUGCUCACUUGACUAUGACCCUGGAAUGCCGUGUAAAGACUAUCAGGCUAAGUGGUUCUUUGACAAAAAGAACGGGAUCUGUACAAAGUUCUGGUUUGGAGGUUGUGGAGGCAAUGAAAAUAGGUUCGACACUGAGGCCCUCUGCUUGAAAAACUGCAUGAGGUCAGUUCCAGAACCUCAGCCAAAAGUUCAGAAGGCUGAACAGGUGGAGAUACUCCCGGCUCCUGCGGCCUCUACAGCCGUGGACAUUUGCCAGCUUCCCAAAGAGGAAGGUACUUGUGCCAAAUUUGUCCUCAAGUGGCACUAUGAUGUUCCCAGCAAGAGCUGUACACGCUUCUGGUAUGGAGGCUGCGGAGGAAACCAGAAUCGCUUUGACACACAUGAGCAGUGUGCGAAGGCUUGUGGAAAAUCAGCACCCAUCAACCAAGGAGUCAUCGCUGCAAUAAGAACAUAGGACAAAAGUGUCACGCAUGGCCAGCUUUCACCUCUGUUAUUGGUAUUCUGAGGAGAACCAUCCAAAGUGGCCAUACUGUUAGGAUGCAUUACCACGUCACUGGUGGCUGCACUGGAUUCCACAAAAAUGGACUUUAUCCCCCAAAUUCUUGAAGUAGUGUUUUUCACAACAAGAUGGAAGGCAACACGAUUUGCUGCAUGAUUUGUUUUAACCUACUGGUGCUACAUCGUAUGUUUGUUUUACAGAUUGAGUUGUUGAGUGCAUUUAGUUUUGUAAAGUCAAGUUUUCUGGAACAAUGACAUCAUGACUUUUCAUAUUUUUUAAAAUGCAGUUUUAUGAUUAAGCAAGAAACAUAUAUGAAUAUCUUGGACAGAGAUUAGCAAUAAAUCAAUACACGCAGGACUGGCAUUAUUCAAAGCAGUAAUCUUUUUUAUAUUUUUUACAUUCCACAUUCACAUAGUAACAAUUGCUUUUUUUAAUCUAUAUUGUUUUAAAAAUCACUUGAUCCCUGUGGAACCAUUCCUUCACUAUUUUACAGUCACAGAAUCCACAGCCAUGUUUACACAAAACUUGUACGGCGAUGUGUGUAUUUAAAUGACAGUGACCAACUGCUCGGAUGCUAAAACUUCAAUGUAAUGUUAAGUGCACUUCUGGAUCCACUGCCUCAAACACACACUUUCUAGCUAUUGAGAAAUGGAAUGUACUUGUCAAGCUGUUUUUUAUUUUUGUUUUAUUUGGUUUUACUGAAAUUUGUGUUUCAUCUGGGUGUAGGGGAAAUAAAAAUGAAUUAGACUUUCUAAUAAACUUGAGCAACUGA